CCGGGAGGCAUCCCGCACGAGUGCGUCAGGCGACCCCGGACCCGCACGGCGCCGGUCAGUGACCUCCGGCCGAGAGGGGGUCGAGUCGGCCCGGAGCCGGGUCACGAGGCGUGCUGCCUGGGAACGGAUCCCACCAGCGGUGACCAAGCAGGUAUCACCAUGACAACGGUAACGGAAAUGCCUGCGGCGUACAACGCGGGUGACGAGGUGGACGACGAGCGUCCUGCUGAGCCGGUGACACCGCUCAUGCUCGCCUGUCAGCAGGAGAACGACCAGGAGGUCCGGCUCAUCCUCAGCAAACAGCCGGCGGCGGCACGGGCGAGAGACCGCACGCGCAAGACGGCGCUGCACUACUGCGCUGACAGCGGCAGCACCAGCUGCGCCGAGACGCUGCUGACGGCAGCGCCGGAGCUGGUCAGCGCCAGCGACGAGGACGGCUACACGCCGCUCCAUCUGGCGGUGAUCUCCGGCAACCGGUCGCUGGUGAAGCUGCUGCUGCGUCGGGGCGCCGAUGUGGCCGCCCGCGACCACGAGCGCCAUUCGGCCGUCCAUUGGGCCACCGUGUGCGGGGAACUGGACAUUAUGGACAUCCUGCUCGACGCCGGCGCCAACCCGUCCACAGCAGACAUUCAUGGCGCCUACCCGAUACACUACGCUGCCCAGAUGUGCGGGCCCAACUCAGAGAUGGCCACGGACGUCCAGGUGGGUCUGCUGGUGCUGAAGAAGCUGAUCGCACACGGCGUCGACGUCACCGUCCGAGACCACGACGGCCGCCAGGCCCUGCUGUGGGCCGCCUCAGCAGGCAGCCCGGACGCACUGGUGGCUCUGGUCAACGCUGGCGCCCCCGUCUCCGCCGAGGACAAGGACGGCCUGACCGCGUUACACUGCGCGGCCAGCCGUGGCCACACAGACUGCAUCGACACACUGAUCACGCUGUGCGGCGCCGACGUGGACGUGAUGGACAGCAACGGCUGCACGGCCCUAUUCUACGCCGUCACGCUGGGCCACGCUGACUGCACAGAGCUGCUGCUGAAAUGUGGCGCCGAGCCCAACCGACAGGACCGCAAGGGACGCACGCCAGCGCACUGUGGCGCAGCCAAGGGCCAGAUCGAAACGGUACGCAUGCUGGGCCGACACAACGCCAACCUGUGGAUGCGCAACAUCAAGGGUGACCAGCCGCUGCACGAGUCCGUCCAGUCCGGCAGGAAGGAGCUAGUUACGUGGCUGCUGCACCACCGCCCGGAGGCGGUCAACAACCCCAACAACGACGGCAGGUGCCCCCUGCACGUGGCCGCCAUCAACAACAACAUCGAGAUGUGUAAGGUGCUGAUGGACCUGCACGCACACGUGAACCCCAUCAUGCGCUCGAGCAAGGGACAGCUGAUGACGCCGCUCGACUCGGCGCUGUACCGCGGCAACCGCGGCUGCGCCAAAUACCUGCAGCUGCACGGCGGCGUUCCGGCCAGCACGCUCACCGACAAGAACACGCUGAUGAAGGCGCUCAGUCACAGCGCGCUCAGCGAAUCGCAGACACAGAGCGCGUUCGUGCUGUCACCGGAGACGUACCUGAACCUGAACCUGUCGCCGGACGGCCUGCACUCGUCGCUCUCCUCGUACAUGCGCUCCGGCCCGUCCACGUUCACCACCACGCCCGUGGACGACGGCGUGCAGACGGACCGCCAGCACACCGAGCACCAGGGCGUCCAGGUGAAAAUGUCUAGCCUGCAGCACCAGCGCUCCGAGCGGCGCGCUCGGCGGGGCAAGAGGAUCAUCCGCGACGAGGACGAGGAGGACGUACACAAUGUGGAGGUGGUGCGCCGCCGGCUGCGGCGCGAGCUUAACACGCGCUACGUGGAUGAGCGGUACGACUCGGAGGAGGAAGAGGAGGAGGAUGACGCCCGGCUGCCGGGCCGCCAUGGCGCCAACGUGGCGCAGGCUGGCAACAACGUCGGGCCGGUGGCAGCGGCAGCAGCCGCGGCGGAGAAGAGGACCGGGCAGACGGGACAGGGGCAGAAAGCGGGCCGAGGGCCGCGCCCCUUGGCCGAGAUCCUGCCCAGUUCGGCCGACACGAGCAGCCACCCGACACCGCGAGCUAGCGGCGUUAGACCCUCGCAGAACGGCGUCCCGCGGCUUAAACGUGUACACUCGGCCAAGGACUUCAAGCAGAUGCAGCGCGUACCAACCCUCGAGCGGGACCUGAGCCACCUGACGCGCGCGCAGCAGGGCAAGCUAGUAGCGGCCGACCGCGGGACGGAGCAGGCGGCCACCAGCGACAAGGCGCAAAGAGUGCAAGCAGAAAAGAAAAUCUUCCAGGACCUUCUAGAGCUAAAGCGUGUCCAGAUGCGCGUCAACAAGACAAAUGAAGAGGCCUUCAUCAAGCGCCUGGCUGAGAACUUCAACGCCAGCGUGAUCAAGCUGACUCUGACCAGCUUUAAGGGGCCGUACACGUACACGGCCUACGAGAAGUACCUGAAUGGCCAACUGAAGCACCUGCAGGUGCCGGCCAAGCGCCGCGCCGCCAAGAACCGGCGCGCCGAGGAGCUGGCGCGCGUUCAGCGCUCGCUACGGCGCGCCAAGGAGAGCGGCGGCGGCGCCGGCUGCCACCACGCCUCGCACGCCUACACGGGCAUUCCGUGCGUGGCGUACAUCAACAAGAACAACCAUCACGGCGCGCCGAAGGCUCCCACCAAGACCAUCCUGCCCAAGAUCAACCCGAGCACGCGGCUGCCGGAGCCGGUGGACCUGCGUGCCUACGACCCGACCAAGCCGCUCCGUCUGGAACUGAACCACGGCGGCCAGCGCCAGAUGCUCGAGCUCCCCACCCAGCUGCUCGACAAGGACAAAAAGUAUCACGUGUCGUUCAGUAUCCGGCCGACGGACGCCGAGGCGGCCGGCGACGAGGGGUCCCGGGCGUGCCGGGGCCGCGGCUGGUCACGACCGGCUCGCGGCCGCUUGUGUCGUCUGGUGCUGGGGAGACGGGAGCUGAGGUCGCACGGGACUGCAGACGGCGGCCAGUCGUUUUGA